UACAUAGAGAGAUAUACGAAUUGGUGGAGAGAGAGAGAGAGAGAGGGGAAACCGGGAAAGCGAGGAGAAAGAAAAUGACUGUUUCUGGUUCUCUGCAACUCUCUCUGCAGCUCGGAAUUUGCCGGAGCAACGGGCUUAGUAACAGAUUUAGGCUGCAGAAUCCGAAUGCCAAUGGCAGAUUAUGUGUAUCCGCCGAUAAUCUACCCUCAAUUUCACUGCAACACUAUUCUUGGAGUUCGAAUGUUUCGAAGAGAAUAAAUAGAAGAGUAUGCACCAUUCCUUGUAGAAAUAACCGGCUUAGGUGCCAUUGUUUUUUAAAUCUAGGCGCGCCUUUGGACACUAACUGUGUAAAGAAUGCAACCUUGACAUUAGCAAGAUCAUUUAAUCGUUUGCAAGGAAGUCCCCUUGUCAUUAAAUUGGCUUCAGCCGUCGGUAUUAUCAUCUUUGCUGUAUGGGGUCUUGGGCCACUUGUGAGACUUAGCAGAAACAUACUCUUCCACAAGGGUGAUAAUACAUGGAAAAAGAGUAGUACUUAUCAAAUUACAACAUCUUAUAUUCAACCAUUGCUACUAUGGACAGGAGCAAUCCUCAUUUGCAGAGCACUGGAUCCAGUAACUAUUCCCACAGAAGCUGGUCAGGUUGUUAAACAAAGACUCCUAAAUUUUGUCAGAUCCUUAUCAACAGUGUUGGGCUUCUCAUAUUGUCUGUCAAGUCUGAUCCUACAAGCACAAAAAAUUGCAAUGGAGACAAAUGAUUCCACAGACACUAGAAAUAUGGGUUUUCAGUUUGCUGGCAAAGCUAUAUAUACAGCUGUGUGGGUUGCGGCUGUAUCAUUGUUUAUGGAGCUGUUAGGUUUCUCAACUCAAAAAUGGCUCACAGCUGGAGGUCUGGGGACGGUCCUGCUCACACUAGCUGGACGUGAGAUCUUUACAAAUUUCCUUUCAAGUGCAAUGAUUCAUGCUACCCGGCCAUUCGUUGUGAAUGAGUGGAUUCAGACCAAGAUUGAAGGUUAUGAUGUUUCUGGGACAGUUGAGCAUGUAGGAUGGUGGUCGCCAACAAUUGUAAGAGGGGAAGAUCGUGAAGCUGUCCACAUUCCCAACCACAAGUUCACUGUGAAUGUUGUGAGAAAUCUAACUCAAAAAACUCAUUGGCGUAUUAAAACCCACCUAGCCAUCAGUCAUCUGGAUGUCAGCAAAAUUAAUAACAUUGUAGCUGAUAUGCGCAAGGUAUUGGCAAAGAAUCCUCAAGUGGAACAACAGAAAUUGCACAGAAGAGUAUUCUUGGACAAUAUUAAUCCUGAAAAUCAGGCCCUCAUGAUAAUGGUGUCAUGCUUUGUGAAGACCUCACAUUUUGAAGAGUAUUUAUGUGUUAAGGAAGCUAUUCUGCUUGAUCUACUCAGAGUCAUCAGGCACCAUCGUGCUCGACUGGCCACUCCCAUCCGCACAGUUCAGAAAGUAUUUACUGACGCGGACCUGGACAGUGUACCAUUUUCAGAAACUAUGUACAACCGAGAGGGAAUGUCAAAUCGGCAAGUGCUAUUGAUUGAACCAUCCUAUAAAGUCAACGGGGAGGAAAAGCCCAAAAAUCAAGGUCGACCAGCAAGAGCAAAUGUGGAGGAUGAUAUCAAGGGAACAUCUGCAAAGCCAGUACCAGAUAGUAAGGUAGAAGCUAAGGGUGAAACAAAUUUAAGCACUGAUUCUAAAUCCAGAACACCAACAUCUGAUGAUAAGGCGAAAGACAUGCAAAAAUUAGAUACCAAAGCUGAUUCCGAGGCUGGAAACGCGCUUAAAGUUGAGACCAAGGAGGAUCUAAAGACGGUUUCAAAAUCCUCAUCUGAUCCUAAACUCAGUAGCAGUGCAAAAACCGUUGCGAAUACCGACAGCAAGUCUAUUGAAGAACCAAGUCCAACAGCUGAUAGUUCUUCUAAGCAACCACAAAAGGUUGGGCAAGAUGCAAGCUCAAUCUCCUCACCGGAGUUGGGGGGCCGAAGAUCAGACAAUGCCUAUUCAACUCCACAUUCGAAGCAAGCUGCACAGACACCUGCAGCCAAGCCAUCUAUGGAAGAGAAUAUAGUCCUGGGGGUUGCACUGGAUGGCUCGAAGAGGACCCUUCCCAUUGAGGAAGAAAUGGUUGCCCCACCAAAUCCAGAAGACAUGAAGGAGUUGGCCACGUUGCGUAGUGGCAAUGGGCCAGCAGUAACUGAGGAGAAAUUGAAAAACGAUGGUAAGAGGCCGAACACCCCUGGCUCUCCGAGUAGCGAGCAGUCAGAUCAGCAAAAGUAGAAGCAUAUCUGGCCUCUCCUGCAGUGCACAAUUGGAACUGUACAUAUGCAUAUGCUAUUUUUGAGAGAAGUGCAUGAUCUUAAGGUAAAUCUUCAAUUGUGCUUCUUUAUAUAUGAAGUUCAAUUUAACUUUGCUGAUGUAAGCAUUGAACUUGCCUUUUUGUAAUGCAUCUGAUUUGUAAUAGCUUGCCCCUUUUGUGCUGUGCUAUAGAUAUUGGGGGCGUAAAUCCCUUUCUCCUAUAUUUUUCGGGAAUGAGGAUUAUUUGUCUUUCUAUAUUAAAUCCAUUUUGAUGAA